AUGAAUCGCCGAACGUACGAGGGCCCGAUGGACUGGGAAUAUGAAGGGGGAAAACGUCCGAUGGAUUUGUCAAGCCCCUUUGCAAAAUUGGCCAAGGACCAUCCAAAUUCCAGCCUUAGUUCACCGACCAAACCACAAUCAUCAAACCCCAACCCGUUUGCCUUCCCGGGUACUCCUCGGGAAACACCUUUGAAGCCAUCGCCUUUCAAGCAAUCGCCCUUCAAAACUCAGGACCAGCCCCGACCACCACACGCCUCGUUCUUCACCCCUCGGCUGGAGCACAAGCCAUCCGCGCCGGCGUUCCGGAAUCCCGCCUUCACAACACCACAGCGGCGGCUCGAUGAGCUGGUGUUUUCCCCAUACUCCGGCGCCGAAUCCAGUCCCGCCAUGACAGAUACGUCCGACAUGCCCGCUGAGACCCCAGAAUUUGAUCGAGACGACGAGAUGCUCCGGUCCCCAGUCACACCAUCCGCCGGCAGGUCGUUGAUUAGCAGGACGCUGCUAAAAAACCAUGCGUCCGGGCGAGGGGAGAUCUUGAGAGGGAACAGGGACAAAGUCAGGAAGAGAAAGAGGCAGCAAGGUGACAGGGACGUAGGAAGUGUUCGUCCACGCCUCUCCCACGAUUCGGAUGACUCAGAUAGCGACUGGGAGGACGGCCAGGAUUCUCCCGAGAAGGAGCGGAAGGCGGCUGCGGGCCCACAACGGGGCUGGUUCAGCGGUUUCCUGUCCGCCAUCAGCGACCACCCGAGUGCCCCAGCAAUCCUAUCCAAAUGGCUGCAGCUGGGCUUCAACAUCGUGAUGGUCAGUCUGGCGGUAUUCGGGCUGCUCUUCGUCGUCUACCAGAUCCGAUCCGACUUGUCCUACGCCAACGAGAAAGCCCGGGCUGCGCUGACCCAUGAGAUGGCGACGUGCGCGACGGACUUUGUCAAGAACAACUGCGACCCGGCCGGGAAACGGCCGCCUGCGCUGGAGGAACAGUGCAACCGGUGGGAGGCGUGCAUGAACCAGGACGCCUCUGCCAUCAUGCAGCUCCAGGUCUCGGUGCGGAACAUUGCCGAGAUUGUGAAUGAGUUUGUGGGUGUUUUGACUGUCAAAGCUUGGGUAUUCAUGCUCUCCCUCUUCGUCGUCGCCGUCGUCGGCAGCAACGCCGGCUUCCGCUCCCUACGCGAAUCCACACUCACCCACCACACCCCCCCGCCCCCUCCAGCGCCGCCCCUGCACUCCCCGCCCGCGAUGCCCUCACUCCUCGGGUCCGCCGUCGCGCAUAACCCGCGCGAGGCGUAUCUCUUCGCCCCGCUCAGCCAGACCCCGCGGCAUAUCCGCAACAAAUUUUUCUUCAACGAUGCUACGGACUCGGAGGCGUCCCCCGAGGCGAAGAUGUUGCUACCGCCGCAGACGCCGUCGGGCAGGCGGAGUCCGAGUAAAGGGGAGAGGGAACGGACGAGGAGCCCUGUUAAGGGGAGUCGGGUGCGGAGUCCGGUGAAGGGGUAUUAG